UAUAUUUUCCCCCUCGUCCCCUUUCUCGUUCCUCCCUCCCUCCCCGGCCUCGGAUCGCGAAUCCCCGGCGAGCGACCGACCGCCGGGAAAUUUGGACUCCAGCGGAGGAGCUCCCAUGGCGUCGUCGUCGGUACCGGCGCACGUGCUGCGUGACGGCUGGGAUUGGUGGGAGGAGGUGAACAACUCGACCCUGUGGCAGGACCGCAUCUUCCACGCCCUCGCCGCCCUCUUCGGACUAGUUUCCGCCGUCGCUCUCAUACAACUGUUUAGAAUCGAGUGCAGAGUACCAGAGUUUGGUUGGACAACGCAGAAGGUCUUUCACUUCCUGAAUUUCCUGGUCAAUGGUGUUAGAUCGCUUAUCUUUGUAUUUCGUCGGCAUAUCCAAAAAAUAAAGCCUGAGAUCAUUCAACAUGUUCUUUUGGAUUUGCCUGGUCUCGCAUUCUUCACUACUUAUGCACUCUUGGUACUAUUUUGGGCUGAAAUAUAUUACCAGGCACGAUCAAUAUCUAUUGAUGGCCUUAGACCAUGCUUCUAUACAAUUAAUGCAGUGGUUUAUGCCAUUCAGUUUGUUCUUUGGUUUCUCUUAUGGUGGGAGCCUAUCCAAGCUAUGAUUAUCCUGUCCAAGAUCUUCUUUGCAGGUGUUUCAUUGUUUGCUGCCCUCGGGUUUCUUUUAUAUGGAGGGAGGCUCUUCCUAAUGCUGAAACGCUUCCCUGUCGAAUCAAAAGGACGGCGGAAAAAGUUACAGGAGGUUGGCUAUGUAACCACCAUCUGUUUCUUAUGUUUCUUGUUGAGGUGUAUUAUGAUGUGCUUCAAUGCCUUUGAUAAGGCUGCAGAUCUUGAUGUUCUAAACCAUCCAAUUCUGAACUUCUUAUUUUAUCUGCUUGUUGAAAUUCUCCCUUCGUCCCUGGUUCUUUUCAUUUUAAGGAAACUGCCACCAAAGCGCAGGAUUACCCAAUACCACCCAAUCCACUGAUUCAGGGAUCGAUCAUACCACCUUCAUCCUUUUCUCAAUCUCGUGAAGAAAUCUAUAUAAUAGCUUGGGAAGUCGAUGCUCUAUCAGUUUAGUCUGCUACAUGGGACCAGAAAUAACUGCAAACAUUAAGGCUGCUCAAUUUCUUACAAAUAGCUUCUGGGAGAGGCUGCUGAUCUUUGGGAACAUUUUAUGUAAGGUCUACCUAUGAGUCUCAAAUCUGCAACACCCAUCUGUUUCUGAGCUGCAACUUACAAGAAAGAUCUUAUAUGCCUUAAGCAGCCUGCAGCUAUAUUGAUCUGAAGUUAUUUGUCUGUCAUUUUGCUGUCCCCUUCGGUUCCAAUUUCUUAAAUGCAUCAGCGUUAAUGUGAAAUUAUCCAUGACAUCA